AUCAUCAAUUUCUAGUUCUUCAAAUUGAGUGUGGUAGCAGGUUUUGCAAAGUCGUUGGCAGCUACAACAAUGAUAUGUUGGUAAGUUAUACACUUUUUGAAGGUUAUAGUAUAGGCACUUUUUAUGAUAUUCUUGGUAACAAUGUUGGCAG